UACAUAAACACACCGAGUGUUGUCUGUCAAAAUUACAUAUACGCUAUCAGCAGAUGUAGCUAAAACUUCAGUUUCAUUUGAACGUUGGACGAUGAAUAUACAGGAAAUAAUUUAACAUGUUCACACUUAGAAUUACCCUGAUAUUCUUUAUUUAUUCAUGUUUUUUUAGAACUGUAGAUAUGCAGACUGUAGAUCAAAUACUUGAAGAAGAUGUGACCGACUUAAAUAGUUCAUUCUGCCAACAAAAAUGGUCAUGCAAAGAGUUGGAAGUUGACGACAGGAAUUGUAAUUGUGAUUCUGAAUGCACUGUAUAUAAUGAUUGUUGUUCUGAUGUCGCUUCCAACCAAACCAUUCAAACCUCCAAACCAAAUUUUAGUUGUGAAUAUAUUCCUGGGAUUGAUGAGGACUCGUAUGUAUUUGUGGUGCAAAAAUGUCCACCAGGCACAAGUACAGAACUAAAAAAGGAAUGCGAAUCAUUUGAAAAUGAUCAAAUCCCAGUAAGCGGUAAAGCUACUGGUUAUAUGUAUAGAAAUAUGUAUUGUGCCGCGUGUCAUGGAGAAGAAUUCUUGUCCUGGCAAACAGGGUUUUCUUGUAAUUGGUCUCACAGAGGAGAAGUUAAUAGAACACUUGAAAGUAUGCAGAACGAUGAGCAUUGUAACAAGCGACUCUAUCCACCAACAUCGGGCGCUGAUUCAAAAUACAAAUCUAGACGAUGUUUCCCUAUAACAGAUACUUGUUUAUCAACACAUAGUGCGAGCAGAUGUCAAGAUGGACCAACUGAAGUAGUUUUUAAUGAUCAUGUUUACAAAAAUAAAGACUGUGCCCUUUGCAACAAUGUAACUAUUGAUCAACUAGUCUGCAGUGCUCGUGCAUGGACGCUGAGACCGUCUGGAGAGAAAAGGAAAAUAACUAGUUACAGUUACAGACUUCUGUUUGAUUACCAUACCAAUCUUGCUACUGGUACAUAUGUACAGCGACGUCGAGCGCAGAAACCAGAAAGAAACAGUAAAAUCUGCCCAACAUUUGAAUUGUAUGAUCUCUUUACCGAUGCCUGUAGAAAGGUUAACUGCAUAAUUCCUCUUGUUUAUGAAAAUGGAAAAUGUGUAUAUAAACCGACAGUUUCAAUUACAGACAUACCAGAUACAUUUUCCCGGGGCAAAGUUCGGAGUGAUUGUGUUUAUAUUCAGUUGAAUGAUACGGAAUAUGAAAUCAUAAACAGUAAUAACAUAUUUAUAUAUUCUAUAAACAAAACAUUAACUAAUGACUCCUUCUAUGAAGAUAGCAAUCAUGCAUAUGUCUGCCGUGAUCUACUUAAUGAAUUGUUUUCUGAUGAUUAUUUGGUCAGAGUAUACCGUGAAGCAGAAAGCAUUUUAUCCCUGGUUGGGUCAGUAUUAUCCAUCACUGCUCUGACCAUAACACUCUUUCUUUACUUGCGGUUUCCAAAGCUUCAAAACACACCCGGUAAAAGUUUAAUCUGUUUGAUGGUGUCUCUUAUUGUCGCACAGCUAUUAUUCUUGCUGGCUAGCACAGUUGAAGAUCAUAAACACGUGUGUAUAGGGUUUGCCAUAACUAUACAUUAUGCCUUCCUGACUUCCGUAUUUUGGAUGAAUUGUAUGUCAUUUGAUAUUUUUAUCACAUUUUCAAAAGGAUUCGUUAAAACAGAAGAAGACGAGAGUAACAAGAAAUUUGUGUGGUAUUCAGUAUACGCAUGGGUUAGCCCAAUGCUCAUUGUAGUAUCGGGCGUGUGCUUAGAUGCAUUUACAGUCAGUGACUUUAGUCCGCUGUAUGGACAAGUUGUAUGUUGGAUUGGAAACAAACAGGCAUUACUGGUGUACUUUCUUGUGCCAAUUGGAUUGUUAGUACUUACUAAUAUGUUUUUCUAUAUUUUCACCGUAAAGUCUAUUUUUGUUUCUAGUCGAAAAACAAAUAAGAUUUUAAGAAGAAAAGAGGGUUGUAAACUUCUUGUCUAUGUAAAAUUAUCAAUCGUGAUGGGGCUAACAUGGGUUUUUGCUUACAUCGCUUCGUUUUCAAACGAAACUGUUUUUUGGUAUUUAUUUAUUUGUUUUGGUUCUUGGCAGGGUGUCUUUAUUUUUAUUUCGUUUGUUUGCUUUGGGAAGGUACGAAGUCAUGUUAUAGAUAGGGCCAGAGUUGUGUCAUCCUACCUCAGAAGUCGUACUGCAACCACGCUUCUGACGGAUUCUACAAAAACUUAAUGAUCUUAAUGAUUUAUGUUGUAUAUGAGCGAAAUAAGACAUCUUUCAGCUUAGUUUUUAUUUCAGUAAAGUGUAUUCUAUUAAAUUUCUCUUCUUUUUUUUUGUCAAGAAAACAUUGUAGCUAUUGCAAAUGAGAAGCUUUAACUAUACUAGAAACUGUUUUUCUUCUUUCUAUUUUACAUCUUACCAGUACGAUAUCGAAUAGAAAAUAACAAAUUACAAACGUUUUUCCUGUAUGCUACUACUCCUGUAUAUUACAUUCAAAAUACUUUUAUGAUUUUAAAGUAUAAAAUCACUUGUCUUUUAUCUGCGUAGUUUAGCCAACUGAAAAUAAAGGAGGAUUUGUCACCAAGUACAAAUGUAUUAGGAACACAAGAACACUUUUUUUUCAAAUGUUUCAAAUCCUUUUGAUACACCCCACCACCCCUAACUGUCUUUAUGUUGUGUUCCCUAUUUACAUGUAACCGGCGUUUUUCAUGAAAGAUGCUAAAUGCUUAUUUUGAAAAAAAAUCAUUGUAAUGAUAGUUGAGGUUGUUAAUAAAUAUAAUUUGAACUUACACAUUCUAUUCUUUGGUUGAUUCAUGUAGUACUUGAAAAGAUUAUACUUAUAUAGGUUAUUAUCAAUCACACGAAGAAAAUCGGGUUAAGUCAUAUAUCAAGUAGGGACAAUUGAUGAUUCGGGGUGAGAAUGACGUCAAAUAUAUAUAUUGUUUUAUACUUAUUGGUGUACAAA